UAUGGCGUUUUUUCCCCUAUUGAGGCCUUCAUGUCCAUGUUUCAAAUCCUGACGCAGAAGGGUUGGGUUGCAGUCAUGCACGACACAAUGGACGUUGUUGACUCCGCCGCAGUGACCACAGGGGUAGCGAUCUACUUUGUCUUCUAUCAUCUCUUUGUCACACUGAUUGUUCUCAGUCUCUUCGUUGCCGUGAUUUUGGAUAACCUUGAAUUAGACGAAGAUAUUAAAAAACUAAAACAGUUAAAAAUGCGUGAAAUCAGCGCUGAAACACAGCAGAAGCUCCCACUUCGUCUGCGAAUCUUUGAAAAGUUUCCAAAUCGGCCCCAGAUGGUAAAGUUGACGCGCUUGGUAUCUGAUUUUCUGCUACCAAAGAUCCGGGACAGUUUUAUGCGCCAGUUUGCAGCGGUUUCGGCUCUAGAAGAGGUGGAGGAAGAGGCCGUCUCUGAGAUUCUAGCGGCAGCCACAACAAUGGCUUCGAUCUCCGCAAGUGCCGCCCUCAUGCCCGGGGGUGCCGCAGCGGCAUCGGCCGCAGCAGCGGCAGCAGGAGGAGGAAGCGGAGCCGGCGCUGUGAGCAAGUCAACUGGCCCAAAUCACCAGGCUGCAGUCGGAGGUAGCGGCGGCGCAACUUCUGCCAUUGGCAGAUGGCGAUCAAAGGCUGCCGAGACAAAAGCUGCCAUCUCCUGUUCUCGCGAGAUUCGUCGUAAAGUGCAUGGUCUGCAUGGAGAAGACAAGGUCAAGGCUAUAGUCUAUCUCCUAAGAGGUCUGAGAAAUCGGUCCGGCGGUGCACUGGGCACAGCAUUCUUGGGUCGCGAUGGAACUCCCAUGGCAAGCAGCAUUGGUGGCUCUGCCGGUGGUGCUGCUGGACUGGGGGGCUUCAGCGUCAACAUGGGCAUCGGAGGUGACUCUUACGUCGUGGACUCACGUGGCGGACUUGACAGCACAGGACAUUACGACAUCAAGGUGCUCCAACAAAAGGCCCAACUGGCUGAAAUUAAGAGUACCUGUUUUAAAUUUUCAUCUUCUCUUCUACUUUCUGUUCCCAAUAUUAUGCUUAGAACGCAACAGGAGGAGGAGUUGAGGGAAAAUCAUCCUCUCUUCGACCGUCCCCUUUUUACGCUUGGCAGGCAGAGUCGAUUGAGGCGAUUUUGCAGCCUCGUUGUCAGUGCAAGACAUAAAACAUCUCGCUCAAUCGGUGCUAAUGACAACAACACUGGAAGUAUUCACAAGAUUCUGGGCUUCAUAACGUAUCUUGACUGGUCAAUGUUGACGAUUACAAUUCUCUCCUGUAUCUCAAUGUCGCUGGAAACACCCCAUCGACGCCUCAUGAAUACACCACAGCUCCAGAUUGGCGAGUACAUUUUCUUUGUUGGCAUGACAAUCGAACUUGCACUAAAAAUUUUAGCCGACGGAUUUAUUUUCACACCAAAUGCUCUGCUACGCGACUUUGGUGGAUUUUUGGACAUAUUUACCUACAUCGUUAGUCUGACUUUUGUGAGCUACCUGAUGCGCGUAGAGAAGCUUGGACCCGGGUCCGUGGGCCAAUUGUUCAUGGUGCUGCGGUGUCUACGACCUCUGCGCAUAUUUUGCCUCGUUCCACAAAUGCGACGUGUCGUCUACGAAUUGGUUCGAGGGUUUAGAGAAAUUCUAAUGGUCACAGUGCUCCUUGUUGUCUUCAUCUUCAUCUUCGCCGUCUACGGUGUGCACAUGUUUGGAGGGCGCCUGGCCAUAUGCAAUGACCGAACAAUCACUCGUAAGGAGGACUGCAAAGGUGUUUUUCGUCGCGAAUUGUCCGUUACAAGGAUGAAGAGCUUCAAGGGACCCUCUCCAAAGUUCCUAGUGCCCCGCGUCUGGGCUAAUCCACGCAACUUCAAUUUCGACAAUAUUGGAAACGCGAUUUUGGCUCUCUUUGAGGUGCUCUCUCUCGAGGGUUGGGUGGAGAUAAGGGACGUGAUCAAAGCUCGCAUCGGUCCAACUCACGUCGUGUACAUUCAUCUCUUCGUCUUUGUUGGCUGCCUGAUUGGAUUAACGCUGUUUGUUGGCGUGGUAAUCGCAAACUACAGUGAAAACAAGGGCACGGCUCUGUUGACGGUUGACCAAAGACGUUGGUUGGAUCUAAAGGGGAGAAUCAAAUUGACCCAACCGCUUCACAUACCGCCUCGACCAAAGCUUCGACCAGAACCAGGGCAGUUGCCAAUAUCUAGUGAGACAACAUUCCUACGAUUCCGAUGCUUCGUCUAUGACUUCACGCAGCACAUUGCCUUUAAAAGAGCAUUCGCCAUACUCGUUCUCCUUAACAGCACACUACUCUUCUUUCCAUUUAAUGAGCGAGGUGCUGAAGCCUCUCCCUGGGUGAGGAUUCGAUAUCAGGUGCAAGUCACAUUGGCCAUCGUUUUCACCUUUCUCUUCUGCAUGGAAUGCGUCCUUAAAAUUAUCGCACUCACCUUCAGUGGCUAUUGGCAAUCGAAACGUAAUCGAUUUGACAUGUUUGUCACAAUUAUGGGAGUCGUUUGGGUUGUCCUUCAUUUCUGUCUACGUUCGACACCGGUACGCCAUCUUCAGUACCAUUCUUUCGCUAACAGAAUCAUUAGUGAUAACUUUGGAUGGGUAAUACAAAUGUUACGCUUCUUUACAAUCGCUGGAAAAUACGUGACCCUGAAGAUGCUAAUGCUUACAGUAACAAUGUCAAUCUACAAGUCACUUUUCAUCUUGACCAGCAUGGUAGUACUAAUGCUCGUUUAUGGUCUGAUGGGGGUUGUUCUCUUUGGGUCCGUAAAGUUUGGCGAUAACUUGGGCCGUCAUGCCAACUUUCACAAUGCCUUCCGGGCCAUUAUCCUGCUUUCUCGAAUCGUCACAGGCGAGGAUUGGAAUAAAAUCAUGCACGAUUGUAUGAUUCAACCUCCCUUCUGUAUUGUAAAGGAAACUUUUUGGGAAACCAACUGUGGAAACGCUCAGGCGUCUCUGGCCUACUUUUGCUCAUUCUACGUUAUAAUCACUUAUGUUAUGCUUAACGUUCUUGUUGCUAUCAUCAUGGAGAAUUUCUCACUGUUCUACUCGAAUGACGAGGAUGCAAUAAUGAGCUAUAGUGAUAUAAGAAACUUCCAACAAGCUUGGAAUAUUAUUGACGUUAACCGAAAGGGCGUGGUAAAGGCUUAUUACGUUCGCUUCCUUCUUCGUCUAAUACCCCGAGAUCGAGUUGGAUUUGACCUUUCGAAAAAGCGUGAUAAGCAGCUCUUUAAAGAAAUGUGUUUUGAAGUUGAAACUCUGCGUGGAGGUCGCGACAAGGAAGUCAGUUUCCAUGAUGUGUUAAUGGUUCUUGCCUAUCGAACAGUGGAUAUAACAAAAACGUUGCAAUUAGAAGAGUUGAUUGCACGUGAGGAUCUGGAAUAUGCGAUCGAGGAAGAGGUCGCCAGACAGACUAUUGCUACGUGGAUUGAGCGGUGUAUUUUUAGAAAACGUCAAAAACAUGGCCAUCUCCAUUUUUCCAUGUAUUCGGGAUCAGAUCGUCCAACAAGUGGCCAGUCUCUUGAAGAACCUAACAAGGAUGCUUCUGUGACCACAAAUAAGCUGGAUUUUUCUAAGGCCUCGUUUCGAAUGCGCCCCUCAAAAAUUAAGUUCAAUAGGGAGGAUUUAUGUUCCCGAACCGACAGUCUGGAAAAUCCACUUUCUGCUCUUCCUAUGAACCAGAGCCCUCCCACAACUCCAACCCAACGGCACAUUCACUCGCCAUUCGCCACGUCGAUCAGAUCCACCGACAAUGCUGUUUCACACAUGCCUGGUUUUCAGGAUGCGUGUGAUUGCCGGAGCCAUGUCAAUGGACGUCUAGAGUCCAAGCCUCUGAAACCGGAUAUCCAUAUUUCAGAUGGUGUGAUCCCCAACAGCAUUAGCAGUAAGGUUGAAGGAAGCAAUCUGCUGCCUACGUUGAGUUCCUCCACGUCUUUUACGUUUGUUGAUUCAUGUGCAAAGUCAAGGCAGGCAGGUUCAGGCCCAAUUAAUCUAAACUCGGCUGAAGCUGAGCCUUUUAAAAAUCUUCGACUCGCUAAUACUGGUAGCACAAUUCUCCGACGUCGAAGCAUGCGCUCUUCGAGAACACCUGCUGCACACCUUUCAGAAGUUGUUGAAGAUUCAGAUGAGGGCCCAAGACUUUCUGGAUUUCCUGGUACGGGAAUGACUGUCAUUCAAGAAUCAGGAGCGGGUUUAUCAAAAAAGUCUAGUGUUGAACUCGAUGAACUGAAAGUUUCUGCAUUAUCUAAUCUCUUAGCAUCAACAGGGGAACAUUCAACCAGUGCUACUUCAGAAAUAUCCGCAAGCAUUUUAGAUACACCUCAGAAUGAGGGUCGCCGAAUUUCGCCGCACUACGACAAGCGAGCCUCCCCAGCACUUACAAAUUCGAAAGGCUCAGGGAAUGACAACCCAGCCAUUGUCGUCCCCACGCAGGUCGAAGUCCAGACCUCAUGUCAGGAUGUAAAGUCAUGGUGGAUGCAACAGAUCAGUCUUGAUGUGCCUUCACUUACUGGGCCUUCCGUCAAUAGCAGCCUCGACAAAAUGGCAGGAGUAACAGGGGAAGGGAACAAGGAGAUAUUUUUUCCGUCAAUGUUUGCCACAACAAGUCGACAGGGAGUGGCAAGCCGCGUCCGUCGAAGAGCACAACAUGCACCAGCUGUGAGCGAAGGCCAAUAG